UCCGUUACUCACGCUAUUCGUGUGUUGGCUGGCUGCAAAGGAAAGAGAGAGCGACGCACUUACACGAUUUUGAAGCGAUUCCAUGUUUAACUAUCCACCACCUUCUUCUCAUCUUUCGAAGAGCAUAAUUAAAGAAGAAAAAAACGCAAAAACUGUUAGGGUUUCGCUUAUCGGUUUCUGCACAAAACCUUCCGUGAAGGCGAAGCCCCUCCACCUUCUAUUUUCUUCGACAUUGUGCUUUCUCCACCCCUUUCGCCCCCUAAUUACACAUCCUUCACAUAGAAUUAUUUAUCCCUUCCAGGUGGUGAAUUUGAUUUGAAUGUCUUGUGUCUUUCUUCUUGGGUAAUGAGAUCAGUCAAGCUUGCCUCAGUAGGCAGAGAUGGACAUUGCUGCUCUUUUAACCUCUGCUGGAAUUAAUAUUGCCGUGUGCGUGGUGCUCUUUUCACUCUAUUCAAUAUUAAGAAAACAGCCCAGCAAUGUCAAUGUGUACUUUGGAAAAAGGUUAGCUUCCAGGUGUUCGAAAAGCAGGGAUCUUUGUUUGGAUAGAUUUGUUCCCUCUCCUACUUGGGUAAUGAAAGCAUGGGAAACGACUCAAGAGGAAAUGUUGACUACCGGUGGCUUGGAUGCUGUGGUUUUUAGCAGGAUGGUUGUGUUCAGUAUUAGAGUAUUUUCUGUUGCUGCUGUCAUCUGCACUAUUCUAGUGCUUCCAGUGAAUUAUUAUGGUAGGGACAGAAUACAUAAGAAUAUACCUUUUGAGUCACUGGAAGUGUUUACCAUUGAGAAUGUUAAAGAAGGUUCCGAGUGGCUUUGGGCUCAUUGUCUCGCAUUAUACAUCAUAACUUUAACAGCUUGUACUCUUCUUUACUUUGAAUACAAAAGCAUUACUAAUUUGCGGCUACUGCAUAUUACCUCAUCCCAGCCAAAUCCUAGUCAUUUUGCAAUUCUUGUCAGAGGAAUACCCUGGUCUCCAGAUCAAUCAUACUGCGAAACAGUGAAAAAGUUUUUUUCAUUCUAUCACCCCACAACAUAUUUGUCGCACCAAAUUGUGUAUAAGUCUGGUGCAGUCCAGAAACUGAAGGAUGAUGCAGAAUAUAUGUGUAAAAUGCUCAGUUCUGGUUGUGGUUCAAUGGAACAGACGUGUAAGCCAAGCUUUACGCAAUGUUACUUUUGUGGAGGAUCCACUAAUUCUUUUAAGAUUAUUUCUAAUGAAACCGAUAGUAUACAUGGAAGAACAGGCUACUCUGACGUGCAUUUAAAUGCAAGAAAAAAGGAAUGUGCAGCUGCUUUCGUGUUCUUUAAAAGCCGUUAUGCUGCUCUUACGGUUGCUCAAAGUCUUCAAACAUCAAAUCCUAUGCAAUGGGUCACAGACCUAGCUCCUGAACCAGAGGAUGUUUACUGGUCCAACCUUUGCAUACCAUACAAGCAACUUUGGAUCCGUAAGAUAACUACAUUUGCGGCUUCUGUCACCUUUGUUCUUGUAUUCCUUAUCCCUGUCACAUUCGCCCAAGGAUUGACUCAACUCGAGAAGCUUGAGAAAAUGCUCCCUUUUCUGUCAGGAAUGCUUCAAAAGAAAUUUGUGGUUCAGCUGGUGACUGGUUACUUACCAAGUGUGAUUUUGGUGUUAUUUUUAUAUGCUGUUCCACCAGUGGUGAUGCUAUUUUCAACAAUGGAGGGAUGUGUUUCUCGUAGUGAAAGGAAGAAGAGUGCAUGCUCCAAAGUUUUGUACUUCCAAAUUUGGAACGUUUUUUUUGUUAAUGUUUUUGCCGGGUCUGUUAUCAGCCAACUCGCAGUAUUUAGUAGUAUAACAGAAUUACCUUCCCAACUUGCCAAGGCUGUCCCUGCGCAGGCUACCUACUUCACAACAUAUGUUUUAUCAUCUGGUUGGGCAAGUUUGGCAUUUGAAAUUAUGCAACUCUUUCCGCUUUUUUGCAAUCUGUUCCAAAGAUUCAUACUUGGGUAUAAUGAAGAUACCAUGAAUGGCUUCCUAACUUUUCCAUACCAUACAGAAGUUCCAAGGAUCUUACUGUUUGGAUUCCUUGGCUUCACCUGUUCUAUUCUGGCACCCCUGAUAUUGCCCUUCUUGUUGUUCUACUUCGUACUCGCAUACCUCGUUUACCGAAACCAGAUUCUGAAUGUAUAUAUUAAAAAAUAUGAUAGCGGGGGACAGUUAUGGCCCAUUGCUCACAACACAACGGUCCUUUCGUUGCUCGUCGCUCAAGUUAUUGCACUUGGGGUGUUUGGCAUAAAAGAGUCACCAGUUGCAUCAGGGUUUACCAUUCCAUUGCUGAUCUGCACUGUACUAUUUCACCAAUAUUGUAGGCAACGAUUUCUGCCAAUAUUUAAGAACAAUGCAACACAGGUUCUUAUUGACAUGGAUAGGAGAGAUGAGCGUUGUCAGAGAAUGGACCAGAUUUAUGAACAUCUUAAUUCAGCGUAUUGCCAGUUUUCUAGUUCUAGUCAAUCCGAAUGUUUCAGCAGUCAUAAAGGGGAAAGAGAAGAUGUUGGAACGCCGCAAGAUAUGGAGAAAGCCAAGGAAAUGAGCCAAGAAAUAGCAUGGCCGCCUGUUCUUCAUAGUUUCGGCCAAGGGGGGAAGUAAUUUUAGUUUUUACACCUGAUGAUGUUGUAAGAAUUUUAGUGUCUCCAAAAAGGGGUGGAGCAUCAUGGAUCAACAAUUUUGAUAAAAGAUAAAAUCUGGGUUCCAAAACAGGAUUUGGAUUGUCCCUGAAAGUUCAGUUGUGCAACGGACACUGCCAAUUCUGUGAAAAAUACAAAAGCUAUAUUUUGUUUAGUGAUAAAUGUGCACUUCAUCUA